CCCCUCCCGCCAUGAAUCGCCCCGCCCCGCCCCGCCCCCCACCUUGGGGCAGGUGAGCGGCGGCCAAUGGGCGAGCGCGGGGCAGGUGCCCGCUAACUCUCUCCUUGCAGAGCGGCAGCCAAGGCCUGGCCGGGCAGUUCUAGGAGGAUUGUGGGCCGGGGUCGGUCACAGGGUGACUUGUAAGGGAAAGAGCCAGGAGGACCGCAGAAGCGACUCGCAGUAACAUAAGCAGCCCCGAGCCUUGGGCGGUUGCCGAGAGCUGCCCACUGGGCCGCGGGGACCACGCUCCUGGCCGUGCGCAGUGGCUCAACUCGGUGCUAGGACACUCGCACGCCCCUCGCCGCUCCGCGCCUGGCUCGCCCGCAAGGGCCGAGCGCGGGCGGGCGGGCGGGCGGGGGAGGUGAGGAGUGCGGGCGUGAGUGCAUGUGCCUGGUUCGGUGCACACCCCGCAGGGCGGCAGCGCCAGGGAACCGAGCGCUUUCCAGAGCCCCGCUUCCUCGCUCCGCUUCGGCGGCCGCUAUCAUGUUCCAGCCUGCGGCCAAGCGGGGUUUCACCAUAGAAUCCUUGGUGGCCAAGGAUGGUGGUUCCGGCGGGAGCCCUGGCAGUGGGGGCGCGGGCUCCCAUCCUCUGGCAGUGGCCGCCUCAGAGGAACCGCUCAGGCCCACGGCUCUCAACUACCCUCACCCCAGUGCGGCCGAGGCGGCCUUCGUAAGUGGUUUCCCGGCCGCCGCCGCCGCGGGUGCCGGUCGCUCGCUCUACGGAGGGCCCGAGCUUGUGUUCCCCGAGGCCAUGAACCAUCCGGCGCUGACGGUGCACCCGGCGCACCAGCUGGGAGCCUCCUCGCUGCAACCCCCUCACUCUUUCUUCGGUGCCCAGCAUCGGGACCCUCUCCACUUCUACCCCUGGGUGCUUCGGAAUCGCUUCUUCGGCCACCGCUUCCAGGCAAGCGACGUUCCCCAGGACGGGCUGCUUUUACACGGGCCCUUCGCACGCAAGCCCAAGCGGAUCCGCACGGCCUUCUCGCCCUCGCAGCUGCUGAGGCUGGAGCGAGCCUUUGAAAAGAAUCACUACGUGGUGGGAGCUGAGCGGAAGCAGCUGGCCGGCAGCCUCAGUCUCUCUGAGACGCAGGUGAAGGUGUGGUUCCAGAAUCGGAGGACAAAAUACAAACGGCAGAAGCUGGAGGAGGAAGGGCCUGAGUCCGAGCAGAAGAAGAAGGGUUCCCACCAUAUCAACCGGUGGCGUAUCGCCACGAAGCAGGCCAACGGGGAGGACAUUGAUGUCACCUCUAAUGACUAGGGGAACAAUCAUGAGCCCACAAGGGCAGAGCAUUGCUUGCUGCUGGCCGGGGCCCCAGGGGGCCCAAGCUGGACUCUGGCCAGUCCCUAGCCAGGCUGCAGGGAGGCCUCGAGUCACGGCCCCACAGGGCUUGGAGCCUGGGGCCAUCACUGUCAGAAGGAGAAGAAAAUGGGCUGGCUGAGGCCUGGGACUGCUCAGCCUUCUGGUGGAGAGCCUGCUGCUUGGGUGGGCCAUCAUCACUGCAGCCUCCCAGCUGCUCUCCAUGUCUCUUUCUGUCUUUGUUUUGAGACAUUUCUGUUUUAAUUUAUUUUCCAGGUACCUGCUAUAGUUCUUAGUGAUCCUCUCAUGCCCCCUUCCCUAUGGGAAUAAUAAAAAUCUCUCUCUUAAUUGCACAAUCAUCAUCUUCAACUGUAGAGCCUGGGCGGGUGGGUUGCAGUUCCCAGUGCAGUAGGGGUGGUCAGCAAGGGUGCUCAGGGCCCAGGAGCCUGAAGGGAAGCCUCGCUGGAUCUUUGCAAACUCAUAGAGGAUCAGAAGGGCGGAGAAUCCUUACACAUACAGACUCAAGUGGCUUCUCCAGCUGAGGAGAAUACAGACGAAGGAGUCCUGGGAGUGGGUUAAGGCGGGUCCAAGUCCAGGCCUUGCACAGAUGUACGCAUGUCCAGGAGAAUCCGAGGCAGCCUUUUUUUUUUAAAAAAAAUUCAAAUGCGAGAUCUUACUCUGUUGCUCAAACUGGCUUCCUAGUCACAUCAAUCCCCCUGCCUCAGCCUCCUGGGUACUGGAUUGUAAGUAUGAGGACACACCUAGUGUCCAUGGGCUUAAUGGUGAGCUUGCAGAGGUCAUAGGCAGAGAAAGGCAGGACAGGUCCAGUGAACUCUUGUCCUUCUGCCCUUCAGUUUGUCUGUUUGUCCUUCCCCCUUGACAUACUUCCUCCAUCCUGGAGAAGUUCGACUUGUGUUUCCAGCAGUCUCCCCAGUCAACACCCAGGCCUGCCUCUACUUUACCUCCCAUGAACUCCCCAACCAUCCACUCUAGCCCUCUGCUGCCAUAAAUGGCAGUCACCAACCACUGUCCCAGUUCCCCUUGCAGCCACACCCAUCUACUCCCUCCCUGAGCUAAUCUGUUUCUCUACCUGCAGGAAUGCCCUCCUUUUCUCCCUAACCCCCCAUGUUUCCAUUUUGGGUCCCUCGGCUCCGCUUCCUCUGGUCCAUCCACACCUCACGUCUGUUCUACCCAGCUGGAUUCCAGACCAGACAGUGGUGUCCAGUCACGCUUGGUCAAUGCAGCUUCCGCAGCAUCCCUGCCACCUGCCUGACCCCCGUCUGCUCUCUGGGAAGAACACAGGACAUUAAGGGGCUUCUGUGAAUAUCUAAGAAGGUCCUCCAUGCUGUGGCCAGGAGGGCUCUGUCACCACCCCCCAUCAGGCAGGAUAGUGUCUCAGUCCUGUGCUGACUUGUGGUUUCUCCUACAUUGCUCCUGGUGUCCCUGAGCGAGCAGUCACAACUUUUGCUGGCCUGUGCUGUUCUUCCCAUCUGGGAAGUUGGUGAGUACCCUGUGGACACCUGAUCCAGGUUGAAGGCCCAUGCGUAUUGCCUGGGCUAGGUGCAGAAAAGAACAAGGGUUCUUUUGCCGAGAACACUCCCACUGUCCUCUGGGUACCUUUUUCAACUCUGCCUGUCUUGUUGAUGUCCACUCCAAUUUCCAGAAACCAAAAGACGUUGUUCCUCCUGUCCCCUCCUCCAUCAAAUGAAUACAUCCCACAAAUCUUAAAAGUCUUAACCUGGCUGAUUCUGAAUUAAACCCUCGGCAACUCUUCCUGCCAACCAAGUGCAGUAGUUGUGUGUCGGGAGGGGGGGUGCAUGAACAGGUAGGGUGGGAGUUAGGAGAGGUUCCCAUCUCAGCCCUAGUCGUGGUGGGACAGAAAGGGUAGGCCCUUCCUCUGAAGAUCCUACCAUGCUUGGCUGGGGGGUGGGGUGGGGGAUGGGUCCUGGAAGAUCACAGCAGAAUGCCCUGUCAAGAAGAUAAAGGACUAGAAGGACCGGAAACCUGCCAAUCUUCCUAGGCAGGCCUGCUGGGGCGGGGCGGGAAGCCCCCUCCAUCCCCCCAUGUUGUGCCUCUCCCGCAGACGGUAAAUA